AAUUUGGUGGGUUUGGUUCAGUCAGCGGAAAGAUUGAGAUCGAGAUCAAAAUCAACCACGAAGGAGAGGUGAAUCGAGCUCGGUACAUGCCACAGAACCCUUGUAUUAUUGCAACAAAGACUCCCUCCAGUGAUGUUCUUGUGUUCGACUACACAAAGCAUCCGUCUAAGCCAGAUCCGAGUGGAGAAUGUAUCCCAGAGUUGCGGUUGAAAGGACACCAGAAAGAGGGAUAUGGUCUGUCUUGGAAUCCAAAUUUACAUGGACACCUUCUCAGUGCAUCAGAUGAUCAUACGAUAUGCCUAUGGGAUGUCAAUGCCACACAGCGCCAGGAGCGAGUCAUUGAUGCCAUGACUAUCUUCACAGGGCACACCUCUGUAGUAGAGGAUGUUGCCUGGCAUUUACUUCAUGAAAGUCUGUUUGGUUCAGUGGCAGACGAUCAGAAAUUAAUGAUCUGGGAUACCCGGUCCAACAACACUAACAAGCCUAGUCACACUGUCGAUGAUGCUCAUACAGCAGAAGUCAACUGUUUGUCUUUCAAUCCUUACAGUGAGUUUAUCCUGGCCACAGGGUCAGCAGACAAGACGGUGGCCUUGUGGGAUCUGCGCAACCUGAAGUUGAAACUGCAUUCAUUUGAGUCACACAAAGAUGAGAUUUUUCAGGUUCAGUGGUCACCUCACAAUGAAACUAUCCUAGCAUCCAGUGGGACAGACAGGAGACUUCAUGUUUGGGACUUGAGUAAAAUUGGAGAAGAGCAGUUGCCAGAAGAUGCAGAAGAUGGGCCCCCAGAGCUUUUGUUUAUCCAUGGUGGUCAUACAGCCAAGAUUUCCGACUUCUCCUGGAACCCUAAUGAACCGUGGGUCAUCUGUUCCGUGUCAGAAGACAACAUUAUGCAAGUCUGGCAGAUGGCUGAAAAUAUCUACAAUGAUGAAGAACCAGAACAGUCAGUGGGAGAACUGGAGGCAGCUACCUCAUAA